GUCGGCGAGGCGGCGGGUCGCACUUCCGCCUCGGUGUCAGUGGGUCGCGCGCUGGGAGCUGCGGGCUUCUGGCCUUGGGCUAGGGCUCGGCGGCCGCGGGCCUCGGCAGUGCUGCGGGCUGGGAACUCGUCCAGUGUCUGCUGGAUUUUUAUCAAGAGAAAAAUCAUAGUUUGAAAUUGCUUCUGCUGCUGAAAUAGUUCAGAUGCAAUGAUCCAGUAGGGAGACCACGCACUGGGGCAGCGACAGAGCCGGGCUGCUGAAGGAUGAACGGGGAGGAAGAAUUCUUUGAUGCCGUCACAGGCUUUGAUUCUGAUAACUCUUCUGGGGAAUUUUCAGAGGUGAAUCAGAAGAUUACUGGAAUGAUUGACUUGGACACCAGCAAAAGUACAAGGAGUGGGAAAAGUGGGGAGAGACCCGCUCAAGAGAAUGGGAUUCAGAAACACAGGACGGCACUGCCCGCCCCCAUGUUCACCAGAAGCGACUUCAGCGUGUGGAGCAUUCUAAAAAAGUGCAUCGGGCUGGAGCUGUCCAAGAUCACAAUGCCAAUUGCCUUCAAUGAGCCUCUGAGUUUCCUGCAGCGGAUCACAGAGUACAUGGAGCAUGUGUACCUCAUCCACAGAGCCUCCCGCCAGACCCAGCCCCUGGAGAGGAUGCAGUCUGUAGCUGCUUUCGCUGUCUCCGCUGUGGCCUCCCAGUGGGAGAGGACUGGCAAACCGUUCAACCCGCUCUUGGGAGAGACAUAUGAGUUGAUCAGGGAAGAUUUAGGAUUCAGAUUUAUAUCGGAGCAAGUCAGUCACCACCCUCCCAUUAGUGCGUUUUAUUCAGAGGGUCUCAGCCAAGACUUUGUGUUCCAUGGCUCCAUCUACCCGAAGCUGAAGUUCUGGGGCAAGAGCGUGGAGGCAGAGCCCCGAGGGACCAUCACCUUGGAGCUUCUCAAACACGGUGAAGCCUACACCUGGACCAACCCCACCUGCUGCGUGCACAACGUCAUUAUUGGGAAGCUGUGGAUAGAGCAGUAUGGAGUGGUGGAGAUUCUAAACCACAGAACCGGUGAUAAGUGUGUCCUUAACUUCAAGCCGUGCGGACUGUUCGGGAAGGAGCUUCACAGAGUAGAAGGGCAUAUUCAAGACAAAAACAAAAAGAAGCUCUUCAUAAUCUAUGGCAAGUGGACAGAAUGCUUAUGGGGCAUAGAGCCCGCUUCAUAUGAGUCCUUCAAGAAGCAGGAGAAGAGAGGCGACCACCUGAGGAAAGCCAAGCUGGAUGAUGGCUCAGAAAGAGCUGACAGUGACCUGACUGCGGAUGUGGCAGACGACGUGCCUGUGGCUCAGGAGACCGUGCAGGUCAUUCCCGGGAGCAAGCUACUCUGGAGGAUCAACAGCCGGCCCCCCAACUCCGCCCAGAUGUACAAUUUCACCAGCUUCACUGUGAGCCUCAACGAGCUAGAGCUGGGCAUGGAGAAGACCCUGCCACCCACAGAUUGCCGCCUGCGCCCGGACAUCCGCGGCAUGGAGAACGGCAACAUGGGUAUGCAUUGGGCCGGGGCCUCACAGAGGGCUCAUCGGGGUGCACAAGGGCUUUCCUCAUAAAGGGCCCCCAGACCCUCAACCAAAGCAAGGGGCAAGCAGGCCUUCUGGACACUGCUGCUCGUGCAGCUGUGGUGAGGGCCUGGAACAGCCUUUUGUAAACACAGUAAAUUAAAUGACCAGAAGUGAGCGAUAGCACUUAACCCCAGCACUCCGAGGCAGGACUGCAAAUCCAAGUCAAGCCUGGGCAACUUAGUGACCUAGCAAGAUCAUGUCUCAAAAUAAAAAGGGCUGAUGAUUAGCUCAAUAUAAAGACCACAAAAAU